AUGGCUCGUUUAGAGAGGCUUGCUCUACAAAACAGAGAACCUGCCGUUAGGAAAAGGGUUUUGAGAGACCGAAUCCACCCUUUGGAUGUGUACGAUGACUUCGAUAUUUACUGUCGGUACCGGUUCAGGCACGACCAGAUAAUGUGGAUCACGGACAUGCUGGCUCCGGCAAUUGAGCACGGGUCUGAGUCAAACGGGGCUCUACCUCCGUCGCUACAAGUGACAAUCGCAUUGCGAUACUUCGCUACGGGGUCAAUGCAGAAUGUGGUUGGGGACACGAUCCAAGCCCACAAAAGUACUGUGUGCCGGGCAGUGCGUCGGGUGGCGCUGGCGUUGUGUGGGCACCUCAACAACUACGUGCAGCUGCCCUCAGGAGCGAGACAGGACGUGGUGAGGCAGAAAUAUCAUAACAUUGCCGGCUUCCCGGAUGUGGUGGGAUGUGUCGAUGGGACACAUUUCAAAAUAAAAGCGCCCAGCAACCACGAAAACGCCUAUGUCAACAGGAAGGGUUUUCAUUCGCUGAAUGCCCAGCUUGUUUGUGACCCCGAUCUAAUUUUGACUAAUUGUGUUAUUAAAUGGCCCAGCUGUAAGCAUGACAGCUUUAUACUGCGACAAUCCAGCAUCUAUACAGACUUUGAGGAGGGCAGAGCUACAGGGAUGCUCUUGGGUGAUUCGGGCUACCCACUCAAAAGAUGGCUUAUGACCCCCUACAUAAAUGCUGACACCCUCCCCAAGAGACGUUACAAUGAGGCCCACAGCAAAACCCGCAACGUCAUUGAACGCUGCAUAGGGGUCCUUAAGCAGAGAUGGGCAUGCCUUCACAAAGGCAUCACAAUGGAUCCAGAUAGGGCAGCUGUGGUGGCAGGGGCAUGUUGUGUCCUCCACAACAUGGCCAUGUUGUGGAAGGUUCCUUAUGAUGUAGACCCAAAGCAGCCAGAGGAGGAGGAAGAGCCUUAG